AUGGAACACUUUCGUGUGUACGUAGAACGCAAGAAGAAAAAACUCAAAGAGAAAUUCAUGCCUGCUACCUCGUUAAAUGUUUCUAUUUCUACACCGUCGAUUAGCCUUGGCACCAAUACCUUGUACACUGAAACAGCAACCUCUCGGCUCCAUUCUACUGCUCAUGAAAAUACAGUACUUGGUGGCAGCUCUUCACAAAUAUCGGACACAAAUCAAUCUGCACCCGAAAUCGGUCCACUCCAUGACAUUCACUCAGCCACCGAGGCGGCAGCUUCCAGAUCGUUACCGGCUUCCGGCCCUAAGUCUUUGGCGUUAACAACGCUGAGUACCGCGCUAAAGACAUUGCAAAGCGGUGCGGAGGUGUUUCCUCCUCUACGGGCAGCAAUUGGAGGUCUAGUAGCAUGUACCGAGCGCAUAGAGCUCAGUUCAAAGCAUCGUAAUGAAUUUGAGGAUCUAGCAAGUAGUCUGACAUCACUGAGCAUUUCUCUCCACCGUCAUCUCAAAGAGUCCAGAUCAAAUCAAGUAUCCGAGUUCCUUGAGCAAAUGGCAGCUUCUGUCGAAGAACAGGUAAAAAUUGUUAGCAGUAGGCAGGACCGUGAAGCAGGAGGAUACUUUAGGCAGGCAGAAGAAGACGAAGAUGAGAUUCUUAGAGGAUACAAGCGCAUAGCUGAGAUCCUUGCGCAGCUACAGGCCGAGGCGAACCUGAAAAUGUGGAACGCGGUCGAAGGGCAGCUUGCGGACUCUCGUAUCGAUGCUUUGUCACCUGUUGACUCUGCUAUAUAUAACUCUCUUCUGUCACAUGAGGUUAAUCGCCGAGCAUGCACCAAAGAGACUCGCGUGCAGAUCCUGCUCGAGCUAGAGAAAUGGUCACUCGACCCGUCCCAGCCCAAUAUCUUUUGGAUGAACGGAAUGGCAGGAACAGGGAAAACAACAAUUGCGUACACCUUUGCUGAGUCCCUCAAGACGCGCGGCGCACUCGGCGGGAGCUUCUUUUGCACGCGUACAUCAGACGAAUGCCGCGACGUGGGAAGGAUCGUGCCGACUAUUUCCCAUCAACUUUCGCAAUACUCACCUUCGUUUCGAUCGGCCCUGUUGCAAGUUUUGGAACGAGAACCCAAGAUCAGAUCGCAGUCGAUCGACAGUCAGUGCGAGCGACUGAUCAAAGAGCCGCUUCAGAAGGCAAAAAACCAAAUGACAAAAGGACUAGUAGUUGUGAUCGACGCACUUGAUGAAUGCAGCAACACAAAUGGGGUCGGAACAAUUCUCUCCGCACUAUUCAGAGUCGCACCCAAUUUGCCAAUAAGGUUCUUCAUCACCAGUCGACCCGAGCCGGACAUCCGCCUAAGGGUAGACGCUCAAUCUCAACAGAGUCGGUCGAUAUGCAUACUACAUGACAUGGAGAAGUCCUUGGUUCAAGCAGACAUCCACCUAUACCUUUGUGAGGAGCUUGCGAACAGCGUCUCAGAGCAUGAUCUCAGUCAGCUGGCCAAACUUUCCGGCACUCUAUUCAUUUAUGCGGCCACGGUAAUUCGGUACAUUCGAAGAAAAGGGAAUAUGGUCGACCAAGAUCGGCUUGAAACCGUUCUCAAUUCGUCUUCAAACGCGGGCUACCAACACACCGACAUUGACCGCUUGUAUACUACUAUUCUAGAUGCUGCAAUCGAUGAUCCAGAGCAUGAACCAAAAGAACAACAACAGAUGCGACUCAUACUUUGGACGGCCGUCUGCACGCGCGAGCCCGUCACCAUCGAUACACUCGCAGCCCUCGCCGGGAUCAAACCAGCAAAGGCGACCAUACUGCUCCAGUCGCUAUACUCCGUGCUGCACGUAUCGCAGGUCACCAACAUGGUCUCCACCCUCCAUGCAUCCUUCCCCGACUACAUCUUUGACGAAGCGCGGUCCAAAAGGUUCUACUGCGACGAAACGACGCAUAGUCAGCUGCUGUCCAAGCACUGCUUUGACAUCAUGCACGACCAGCUGCGGUUCAACAUCUGCGGUCUAGAGACAUCGUUCAUAGCCGAUAGCGAAGUGAAGGACCUGAAAGCUCGAAUCGAUAGGUCGAUCUCGCCAACGCUGUCGUACGCUGCGCACCACUGGGGACAUCAUGUAGCGAAAAGCACGCACUGCGGGGAGACGCAGACGAAGCUAGAAGAAUUUUUCUCAAAUCAGCUGCUGUUCUGGAUGGAGGUGCUGAGUCUAAAAGGGACCCUGGAUAUGGGCAUAGCUAUGCUGUCACUGGUUAAGCCAUGGCUGACGGCCAAAAAAUCGCCAUCAAACCUUAUCAAGACACUCGACGACUCAUGGAUCUUUGUGUCCACGUUUGCUGCGGGAUCGGGCUCGCAGUCGACACCGCAUAUAUACAUCUCAGCACUCGCAUUUUGCCAUCCGUCCAGUUGGGUCUCGCAGCAAUACAAAGGUCGUACCCGGCAGUUGCUAUCACUGGCAGGCUCGGCAGUAGAGGGGAGUCCAACGGCGCUUCUUGCAACGUGGAGGAUGCAGUCGAAACCCGCCUGCGUAGCAUUCUCAUCUGGUGGGACUCAAUUGGCAAUUGGAUUCAAUGAUGGCGCGGUUUGCGUGGUUCAUGCUCACAAUGGAGCAGUUGCACUUGGACCCCUCAAGGGGCACACGGCGGGGGUGAACUCUGUAGCACUCUCACCUGACGGAUCAAUGCUUGCCUCUGGCUCCGACGACGGCACCAUCCUUGUCCGGGACGCGCAGACGGGCAAUCCAAUAUAUGACGUCAUCAAGGGACAUGAAGAAGGGGUGAUGUCAGUGUGCUUCUCACCGGAUGGCAAAUACAUCCUCUCGGGGUCCUGGGACAAGACAACGCGGAUGUGGGACAGUGGCAACGGCAGUCUCAUACCCAACUCCAUCAAACGACAUCCUCACAAAGUCUUCUGCACGGCAUUCUCUCCUGAUGGCAAGCUUAUCGCCUGUGGCUUGUGGAGCCACGAACGUCCUAUUGUUGUUUACGACGCAUCCACCAGCGAGUCACUCCCUUUUCCAUUUGACGCUCAUCAAUCCCCGGUGUGGUCAAUCGCCUUUUUGCCCAACGGAAACAACCUUGUCACUGGCCAUGAAUCCGGUGAUCUGCGCGUCUGGAGUCUCCACAACGGCACCGCCACACACUCCCCACCCAAAGUACACAACAAGAGAAUCACAUCCAUUGGGUUUUCGCCACUCGGAGACAAACUCGUCACUGGCUCUCAUGAUAGGUGCGUGUAUAUAUGGGAUGUAGAGAACGGCUACUCCAACCCUUGCCUACUUGGCACACACAACGGUUAUGUUUACUCCACUGCGUUCUCACCCGACGGCACACGAGUCGCAUCAUGCUCAGGGGAUGGCGUCACGAUGUGGAAUUCACUUCACUCGACAUCCUCUCAUACACCGAAAUGGAAGGCGCCAACCAAUGCUGUCUAUUCGGUUUCAAUAUCGCCUGAUGGGUCACGCAUUGCCGCAGCGGGUCUUGACCAUGCGAUCUUCAUGCUCAACGCACCCGAUGGCACCGGCACUGUCGAGCCACUUAUGGCAGACACCAAUUGGAUUAAUUCGGUGGCGUUCUUGCCCAAUGGCAGGUACCUUGCUUCUGGCCAUGCUGACGGUGCCAUCUGUCUGUGGGAUGGCACGAGCGGCAAGCUGCUAUCCGGUCCACUUCAAGGGCCUCAAGACCGGGUCCAAUCGAUUUCAUUCUCACCCAAUGGCAAGCGCAUUGUCUCUGCCUCAAAUGACAAGACCAUACGAAUGUGGGAUGUGGGAGAUGGGACUCUGACAGCUAUCGACCUGGUUGGAACACACAAGCGCGCGGUCAACUGUGCAACAUUCUCUCCUGACGGCGGGCACAUUGUUUCUGGCUGCAACAAUGGGAAGAUCCGUAUGUGGGACUCGCAUUCGCUGUCACUGGUGUUUGAUCUAUUCGGGCCGCAGUGGUAUAAGGGCAGUAUCAACUCGGUCACGUUCUCGCCUGAUGGCCAACUUGUUGCUUCUGGGUCCAAUGAUAGCACCAUCUACGUGUUUGACUCGCGCAGUGGCAAUCUGGUGUUAGGUCCUCUCAAGGGACAUGAGGCACCGGUUCGGUCAGUUGUAUUCUCACCCGACGGCAGUCACAUCGUAUCUGGCUUGGCUGAUGGAAGUGUUUGGGUGUGGGUGGUGAAAGAUGGAGCGCCUGCAUGCAAGCCACUUCAAGGCCAUCAAGAUUGGGUUUGCUCAGUGGCAUAUUCACCCGACGGCAGAUAUAUUGUCUCAGGCUCAGACGACUCGACGAUCCGAGUAUGGAAGGCACCAGGAGGGGGCGUCAUAUCUGACCUAUCACAUUCUGCUCCUUCCGCUUUAGAUGAGAGGCAAACACAUUGCGCAAUCGCUGGCGGGCUGACGAUGUCGCAGGACGGGUGGAUACGAAACCACGACUCACAGCUGGUGUUCUGGGCUCCCUCCGAUAUACGCAGAGUCUUCCCCAUAAUUGAGACCGUUUAUACCAUUGGACCUCAAGGAAUACUCCACAUGGACUACACCCAACCUCUGCUGCUUGGCGAGGAGUGGCAUGGGUGCUAUGUGGGCUCGGGAUGA